GUGCGCGCGCAUCGUAGGAGGGCGGGACUUCCGGCGUCCUCUUGCGGUGGUUGAUUUGAUUUUCUCUGGUGUUUUCACUAGUUCCGGCCUUUGGCGCUCUAUGACGUCACCGAAGUGACGGAGCGGAAAAGCGCGAGAAGCGGCUUGGUUCCUUGUACGCAGAGGCGGUAGUGACACAGGCACAACUGACAGUGGCAGAAGCUCAGCUGACAAGGACUGGGAACGGCGGUGUCCUUGUCUUGCCUUUGUCGCCCCCGCCCCUCUCUUCCCUGGCUGGGCCUGCGGAGUCCCCGCCGAAGAACCCGAGGGUCCCCUGGCGAUGGCAGAAAUGAACCCUGCACAGGGUCGUGUGGUUUUUGAGGACGUGGCCAUAUAUUUCUCCCAGGAGGAGUGGGGGCACCUUGAUGAGGCUCAGAGAUUGCUGUACCGUGAUGUGAUGCUGGAGAAUUUGGCCCUUUUGUCCUCACUAGGUUGUUGCCAUGGAGCUGAGGAUGAGGAGGCACCUUUAGAGCCAGGUGUUUCUGUAGGAGUGUCACAGGUCAUGGCUCCAAAGCCCUGUCUAUCUACCCAGAAUACCCAGCCCUGUGAGACAUGUAGCUCACUUCUGAAGGACAUUCUGCGUCUGGCUGAGCAUGGCGGAACACACCCCGAGCAGGGACUGUACACGUGUCCAGCACGUCUUCACCAGCACCAAAAGGAGCAGAUUAGAGAGAAACUUUCUAGAGGGGAUGGAGGAAGACCGACAUUUGUGAAGAACCACAGAGUUCACAUGGCAGGGAAGACCUUCUUGUGCAGUGAAUGUGGGAAAGCCUUUAGCCACAAACAUAAACUUUCUGACCAUCAGAAAAUCCACACUGGAGAAAGAACUUAUAAGUGUAGCAAAUGUGGGAUAUUGUUUAUGGAAAGGUCCACACUCAAUAGACAUCAGAGAACUCACACUGGAGAAAGGCCUUAUGAGUGCAAUGAAUGUGGGAAGGCCUUUCUUUGUAAGUCUCACCUUGUUCGUCACCAGACAAUCCACUCUGGAGAAAGGCCUUAUGAGUGCAGUGAAUGUGGGAAAUUGUUUAUGUGGAGUUCCACACUCAUUACACAUCAGAGGGUUCACACUGGAAAGAGGCCUUAUGGUUGCAGUGAAUGUGGGAAGUUCUUUAAGUGCAACUCAAACCUCUUUAGGCAUUGCAGAAUUCAUACAGGAAAAAGAUCUUAUGGUUGCAGUGAAUGUGGAAAAUUCUUUAUGGAAAGGUCUACACUCAGUAGACAUCAGAGAGUUCACACUGGAGAAAGGCCUUAUGAGUGCAAUGAAUGUGGGAAAUUCUUCAGCUUGAAAUCCGUCCUCAUUCAACACCAAAGAGUUCACACUGGAGAACGGCCUUAUGAAUGCAGUGAGUGUGGGAAGGCCUUCCUUACAAAGUCCCACCUCAUUUGUCAUCAGACAGUUCACACUGCAGCAAAGCAGUGCAGUGAAUGUGGGAAAUUCUUUAGGUAUAACUCCACACUUCUCAGACAUCAGAAAGUCCACACUGGAUAAGGCCCUUAUGAAUGCAGUGGAUGUGGGAAAGCCUUCAGUCGCCAACAUAUUGUGGCUGCACAGCAGGCAGUACACACUGGAGAAAGACUGAAUGCCGUGAACGUGGGUAAUUAUGUAGGUACAGCUCUCCAGUUGCUAUGUAUCAGAGAAUUCACACUGCAGAAAUGUGUGUUCAGCAAACUCGGGACAUUAUUUUGGUUUGACUCUCAUCUCAUUAGACAUUGGAGAGUUUACACUGAAGAAGAGUCUUUUCAAUAAAGUAGAAAGUGGUAAAGAUUCAACAUGCAAGAUUGUACUUAUUGGGCUUCAGAAUAUCCACACUAGUGAAAGUCAGAUUCUGAGUACAGCAAAUGUGUGACAUUAUUUUGCUACUACUUCACACUACUUAGACAUCAUGUAGUUCACACUGGAAAAAGGCCACGUAUGUGCCUUGAAUGCAGCCAAAAUGAUGAACAACACCCAGAAAUCUCUGAUUUAGCACUGAGAACUAGUAUUAUAUGGUUUUUAAAAAACAAUGGUGAAGUACAUGCCACAUAAAAUUUGCCAUCUUAACUAUUGUAAUGUCUUGUUUAAUACUUGAAGUACAUUGACAUUGUUGAGCAAAGAAUAUCCUGAACUCUUUAUCUUGUAAAAUGAAACUCUAUAACCACCGUUAAAAAACAACUCAUUCCCACAUUCUUCAGUCCCUGGCGACCACCAUAUUUUUAAGUCAUUAUGACUCUGACUAUUCUUGGUACUUCUCAGAAGAAGAAUCUUAGAGUGUUUUUCUUUAUUUUUUUUCACUUAGGAUAAUAUCCUCAAAGUUCAUCCAUUUUUUAGCAUGUGUCAUAAAUUUUAAGGCUGAGCAAUAUUUCAUUGUUUGCAUUUACCACAUUUCCUUUAUUUCUGACAUCUAUUCAUGGACACUUGGGUUACUUCUACCUCUGGCUAUUGUGAAUAUUGCUACUACAAGCAUAAGGGCACAAAUAUCUCUUUGAGACCCUGCUUUCAAUUCUUAUUGGGUACCCCAAAAAGUGGAACUGCUGGAUCACAUGGUACUUCUAACUUUAAUUCUUUGAUGAACUGAGAAACUUUUCCAUAAAACUUGCACCGUUUUACAUUCCUAACAUUCCACAAAAGUUGUGAUUUGUCCUCAUUCUAAUCCAUAGAAGGCAACAUUUCUAACAGGUUUCUAGGUGAUUUUGUUGUUGCUGAUGUAGGGACUACAUUUUGAGAACUGUCCUAUCCCAUUUUUAUAACAAUGCAGAGCUUCUCUGUAAAUACCCCUUGUUUCUAUGUUCUAUCCUGUGAGCCUUUUCAUUUUGUUAAUUUUUCCCAGUGUUUACAACCAGGAAAUAGCUUGUCAUCUUUGAUACAAAACAGAAAUCUUUGCAAAAUACCAAUUGCAUUCUGAAGCCCUUGGAUCAUUUUCUCCCCCAAUCUAUGUAGAUAUUUAGUGGUGUAUAAUGUUGUAUGAGAAUACAUCAUGGUAAGAAUACAUUUUAAAGGACUUUAAGUAAGGUCACAAAAUACAGCAAUUUACCUGUGGACCUGCCCUCUACCCAGGCCGUCCAGUCCCAAUGACUGUGCUCUUACUGCUGCUUUCCAGGUGUGUACCUAUCAUGGAGUGUGCAUGCCACUGACCAUUCCUCUGUGCUCUUACUGCUGCUUUCCAGGUGUGUACCUAUCAUGGGGUGUGCAUGCCACUGACCAUCCCUCUGUGCUCUUACUGCUGCUUUCCAGGUGCGUACCUAUCAUGGGGUGUGCAUGCCAUUGAGCAUUCCUCUUAAUGGGUUCUAGGCAACAGAUAGAAUAGCUUAGGUGCCAAAGCCACAGAACCUGUCAGGGGUUGUGUCAUUUUGAAAAUUAUGCCAAAUUCUAAAUGAUCUUGUAUAGCAGCAGUCCCCCAACCUUUUUGGCACCAGGAACUGGUUUCAUGCGAGACAGUUUUUCUGUGGAUGGCAGUGCAGGGGGCUGGAUGGUUUCGGAAUGAAACUUUUCCACCUCAGAUCAUCAGGCAUUAGUUAGAUUCACAUAAGGAGUGCACCUAGGUCCCUCGCAUGCAACAGUUCACAGUAGGGUUUGCGCUCCUAUGAUGUCUGAUGCCGCUGCUGAUCAGGAGGUGGAGGUGGAGAUCAGGCAGGAAUGCUCGCUCCUGCUGUGCGGCACUGUGUGGCCUAGUUCCUGACAGGCCAUGGACUGGUACGGUCUGUGGUUUGGGGUUGGGGAUUGCUGUUAAAUGGGAUUUGGGGGAUUUUAUUUGGGUUCUCUCUUUGACUAGUCUAUUGUCAAAGUUAUUCCAUCUAAUUUUUCUAGAGUAAGCCAGGUUCUGUGUCAUGUAAUAGAGCCACAUAAACAGCAAAGGUGCUAUUGUGAACUGUGCAUACGAGGGAUCAAGUUGUGUUCCUUAUGUGAAUCUGAGCUAAAAUAAGAAAAAAAAAAUGUAGCCUGUGAGGUCAGAAGCAAGACAGUCAUGUUAGAUUUCUGUCAUUAUUCAUAGUUCUGCAAAGGUGGUUUCAGGUUCUGCAUCAACUGAAACGUGCUCUUCCAUCCAGCAGCAUUUAAAACCAAAGAUGCUGUCCCUUAAUUAGUUAACUCUCACAAUCCAUUUUAGUAAUGGUUCCUCAGGAAACUGACUAUUUCAAUCUAUAAAGUAAAACAAGUUCUUCACAUUAUACUCUCUGGUUUGAAUAGUUACUUGGUUUUGUUCUUCCCCACAAUGACUACCUUCUUGGUAGCCGUAGGUCUCAGAGGCAUUUUCUGUUGUCCCUAAAUGAUUCUGCCCUUGGUGGGAGGUGGCUUUUAGGCUGGCUGGUGGGUUUCGUUCAGAUGGACUGAAAUCUAAGCUUGAUCUAGCAUCAAGUUUGGACCCAGCACUCUCUAAUUUUUUUUUUUAGCUGUUAUAGAUAACAAAGGAUUGAGUAAUUUGCUUUUUGCUUAUUAGCUUGCAUUUUCUUAUGCAUCCAGUGAACCAGAGAUUGAAUAUUUUGCUUUUUGCAUAUUAGUUUGCAUUUUCUUAUGCAUCCAGUGUACCAACCCCCUGGGAGUUGGAUUCAUCUCUAAAUUUCCAUGGUAACUCUUACCUUUAGUAACUGAGCACAGACAGCCACAGUUCCCUACCAUGUAUGGCCAUUUGGCCACUAAGGAAUCAAAGGUUUUUCAUCCUCCACCCAUUUUUAAAUUGAGGAUUAUUCAAAAGUUAAAGAAAAAACUUUAUUAUCUCUUAUUAAUAUAUGUAAAUUGUGUUCAAAAUAGAAAAUGAACUUCUACUUUUUUUUUUUUUUUGAGAUGGAGUGUCACUCUGUUGCCCAGGCCAGAGUGCAAUGGCGUGAUCUUGGCUCACUUCAACCUCUGCCUCCUGGGUUCAAGUGGUUCUCCUGCCACAGCCCCCUGAGUUGCUGGGAUUACAGGUGUGCACCACCUUGCCCGGCUAAUUUUAGUAUUUUUCGUAGAGACGGGGUUUCACCAUGUUGGCCAGACUGGUCUCGAACUCCUGACCUCGUGAUCUGCCCACCUCUGCCUCCACCUCCCAAAAUGCUGGGAUUAGAGGUGUGAGCCACUGCACCCAGCCUUUUUUUUUUUUUGAGACAGAGUCUUGCUCUGUUGCCCAGGCUGGAGUACAGUGAUGUGAUCUUGGCUCACUGCAACCUCAGCCUCCUGGGUUCAAGCAAUUCCCCUGCCUCAGCCUCCUGAGUAGCUGGGACUACAGGUGCGCACAACCAUGCCCGGCUAAUUUUUUAUAUUUUAGUAGAUAUGGGGUUUCACCAUGUUAGCCGUGAUUGUCUCGAUCUCCUGACCUUGUGAUCUGCCCGCCUCAGCAUCCCAAAGUGCUGGGAUUACAGGCACGAGCCACUGCGCCCAGCCGAAAUUCUAUUUUUAUAUUUGUGUAUUGUCAAUACUAAAGCUAACUUGAAUAAAGUCUUAUAAACAAAUCCAUCCAAUUUUAAUCAGGUUUUGACCACACAAGGUAAGAUUUUUCCAUAAACCUUUUAUACCUUCUUACAAAUUUUUUUCUAUUUUUCUCUUUCCCCAAUUUUUAGAUCUAUUUACCUUUGUUUGUUUGAGACAGAAUCUCACUCUGUCACCCAUACUGGAGUGCAGUGGUUUGAUCUUGGCUCACUGCAACCUCCACCUCCCAGGUUCAAGUGAUUCUCGUGUCUCAGCCCCCCACAUAGCUGGGAUUACAGGCACACACCACCAUGUCCGGCUGAUUUUUGUAUUAGUAGAGAUGGGGUUUCUCCAUGUUGGCCAGGCUGGUUUCAAACUCCUGGCCUCAAGUGAUUCACCCACCUCAGCCUCCCAAAGUUCUGAAAUUAUAGGCUUGAGCCACUAUGCCCAGUCCUAGAUCUAUUUACUUUUAUCUACAUUAUUUUCCUUUCAUUUUGAAACGACCUUUACAUAACCCCUAAACUAGACAGAAUUCCUUUUUUUUUUCUUUUUUUUUUUGAAAGAAGUCUCACUCUUGUUCCCCAGGCUUGAGUGCAAUGGCCCGAUCUUGGCUCACUGUAACCUCUGCCUCCCGGGUUCAAACAGUUCUCCUGCCUCUGCCUCCCAGGUAACUGGGAUUAAGGUGCCUACCAUCACGCCUGGCUAAUUUUUGUAUUUUUUUUUAGUAGAGACAGGUUUUCACCAAGUUGGCCAGGCUGGUCUCGAACUCCUGAUCUCAGGUGAUCUGCCUGCCUUGGCCUCCCAAAGUGCUGGGAUUACAGGUGUGAGCCACCACGCCCGGCCCAGAAUUACUUUUUCUUUAGCAAAAACCACAUCUUCAUUUUUUAAAUAUAAGCUUCUUCACAAAAAACACAUAGUAAACAUCAUGGCACUGGGCUGCACAAUACUUUGAUAGAGCACGUUGAUGUAAAGACAUUUUUGUAAGUGUUUAGAGCAUGCCUUUUAUAUCUAAACAUGCAAAGAAAUGAGUAGCCUUCUGUCGUAAUAACCAUUUACUGUAAACAACUGCCACCAGCUGCUUCUGACACUGCAGCUCUUGCUUGUGACAGCCAUUACGCACAAAAAGGUCAAGUUCUUUCACAGGACAAAGUAAUCUCUGGUACCCCCCGAAACCAAUGAUAUCAGGUAAUGCACUACAAAAGAAGGCAGAAUUUUAGAUCUGAGAUAAAUCUGUCCUCUUAAAACUCUUGAGAGAGAGAGAGAGAAAGAGAGAGAGAGAUUUCCUUAUCUGGUUAGUGUAGAUAGCAUGUUGGCUUCCUGAGCUGGUCAGUGCAGUAGUGGGUUAGAGUUCUGUUUUAUAUUUGGCUUGGCCACUGUUGAGUUCUAUAGUCAAUUUCUUACAUGUAAACAAGGAAGAUAUCUAUAAUAUUGAGAUUUCUUAACUGGUCUUAGGUUGAAAAUUGAUUUGAUUUUCAUUCUCCUCCCCCCUCCCCCCUCCCCCCACCAUCCCAUUCUUCUGCCUCUGCCAGAUCUUCAGCUGGGUAGCAUUUUAGUUUUGUUUGUUUUUUAACCUGGAGGAUGUCCCCAAAUAUCAAAACCUAAACUUCUGAUUCUUAGAAGUCCUCCCUUCGAUGAGUUGCUAGUUUUAUUUCUGAACAUGAUCUUACCAAAACAUCCCCCAGAAAUCCCCUGGUCUCAGACAUAACUCCCUAUGCUUCCCAUUCCAUGGCAGCAACUCAGCCUAACUCAUCCAAAGCAAAAAAGCAAUCCCUUCUUGCUUAAGUGACGCAAGGAUCCCCAGAUGAACAAGUAGCUGUAUCACCCUUCAAUUAAAUGUAAUAAUAUUUACUUCUGGUGGAACCUCUCCUUCCUUGGAACAAAGGGCCCCCAACCAGCAGAAUUUACAAUUAAGAAGAAGUGGCCAGGCACAGUGGCUCAAGCCUGUAAUCCCAGCACUUUGGGAGGCUGAGGCAGGCAGAUCAUAAGGUCAGGAGUUCGAGACCAGCCUGGCCAACAUGGUGAAACCCUAUCUCUACUAAAGAUACAAAAAAUUAGCUGGGUGUGGUGGUGCGUGCCUGUAAUCCCAGCUACUCGGGAGGCUGAGGCAGGAGAAUUGCUUCAACCCGGGAAGUGGGGGUUGCAGUGGGCUGAGAUCAUGCCAUUGCAUUCCAGCCUGGGUGACAGGGCGAAAAAAAAAAUUAGCCGGGCAUGGUGGCGGGCGCCUAUAAUCUCAGCUAUUCAGGAGGCUGAGGCAGAAGAAUCGCUUGAACCCGGGAGGCAGAGGUUGCAGUGAGCUGAGAUCGCGCCAGUGCACUCCAGCCUGGGUGACAGAGCAAGAUUCUGUCUCAAAAAAAAAAAAAGAAAAGAAAAGAAAAGAGAAGAAGAAGGGUAGCAGAAAUUCUGUGAAUGAGUUACUAGGUUCAAAAAUGAGGAUGCUCAAUAUAAUGCAUAGGUUCAGAAAAAAAUUACGAUGAAAAGAAUUGUCAAAUUUUGUAACUGAUACUUGACCUGGUUAAAUUUGAAUUAUUUCUAAUUCCCUAUGUAUAUGUGCAGUGAGAUAAAAGAUAAAUAUUGUAUGUGACAUACUUAUCAUAAAA